UUGCGCACUCACCAAUCUUUUACAUGAAAUAGAAUAUGUACAUGACGCACUGAAGACAGGAAAAUUCCACAUGGCCUCAUUGCUAUUGAACAGUGCAGAUCCCGAAACUCUUAGAUCUUCAAGCAUUUUGAACCAAACGUUUUUCCAUAUCAUCUGCUCGUUCUCACCAUUCGACCAGGCUAUUUAUGAUGAAUACGUUGAAGACUUCUUCAAUCUUUUGAUCAAUUUCAGCGUUGAUGCUACUAAGUUGGAUAACCACAAACAAUCACCCAUUCACUCAGCUUGCAAGUUCAAUCAAGUCCUACUCUUGAAGCGACUUCUUCAGCUCAAUACUAUACAACUCAACGUCCUUGAUAGUGAAGGAAAGAGCGAGAUAUGGCAUGCUGUAGAUUCGAACAGCAUUGUAGCUGUUCAACUAUUGCUUGCAAAUGGAGCAAAUUUGAAUGUAGGCUCAGGAAACAUUACACCGAUCUUGUAUUUAGCCGCAAAAUGGAAAAAUCUGGAAAUGACAAAACUGCUAAUUCAGCAUGGAGCUUCCUUUGAUGACGGAGAGCUCCGUGAAAGACCAAAUGCAAUCAUGCAAGCUGUGAAAGAUAAGAACGAAAGUAUUCUUAAGGCACUCCUUGAUGCCGGUCAUUCACCAAAUAAUCCAUCACUCUAUGUGGAGAAAGUAGACAAGAAAGAAAAGAAAUAUGUAUUGCAUCCCAUUAUAGCUGCUUGCAUGCAAAAGGAUGAUAAAAUCUUCAAGUUACUUCUUCAAUACGAUAUCAACGUUGAUGUGAUUUCGCCCAACGAUUGUCUGCUCAAAGGACGUACGCCGCUGAUGUACAAUCUACACAUCAAAAACUAUGAAAGAUCGAAGAUGCUGUUUGAGCAAAAAGCAAACGUCAACAUUAUGGAUCCGAACUCUAAGCGAAGCGUUUUCUACACCUAUAUGUUAGAGGCGAUUGAUGAUCACAUUUUGGAUUUCAUGUGGAAACUGGACCCAAAUGUUAACAUUGUCGACGAGAUAUCUGGUCAAACUCUACUUGAGUUUGCGAUUAGGAAAAACAACAUGAAGUUGUUGAAGCUUCUGCUCAAUAGAGAGGCGAACAGAAACAUCGUCAGCUGUCUUAAGGACGAAAAAUCUGCUCAAAACUACUCUGAUCAAGUUCCAGCUUUAUAUCAUGCGAUCUUGCAUAACAAUUAUGAGGCAACCCAAAUUCUACUUAACAAUACCAAUGGUGCUGAAAUCGAUUGGAAGUUUAAGGAUCAAUUUGGCCGUAAUAUCGUAACAAGAGCAGUGCAGUGCUUUGAAAAUUUCUCAUAUGAGAACAACAAAAUCAUAACACUCUUAUUCAAGCACAUCGGAAAGGAAUGGAAGCAUAUGAAUAACGAAAAAGAUUACGACGGUAAACGAGCAAUCGACUAUGCAGCACAGCAAGCCAGCAAAACCCUCUACAAUGAACUGAUAAAGCUGGGAAGCAAAGAAAUUACAGAUGGCAAUUUUGAAUCAAGCGAAAUGGAUUCUGUAUAUGAAUAUCACCGAAUGCCAGUUGAGCAGGAUGCCGACGAAGCUCGCAAGAUGCUUUUGGAGAAGGCCGAGGCUGAGAGAAUAAGCAAAGGUGAAAUGGAACUCGACGAAAAAGCCAAGGUUGAUCCAAUCUCUGAACUAGAAGACGUUGGCGAGGUCGUUGUUUAUAACGGCGAACCGCUCGACAUUCUGCUGCACAGAACAGAUGUGAUGGCGUCGCGUUGGGGAUGCAAUAUGUUUUACAAGAUGUCUCUUAUAUACAACAGAGUACUAGAAAUGGAUAUCUUAUGGACUCGUUGGGGCGCUCAAGGAGACGACGGCAUGCAUCAGAAAACACCAUUGCCUUCUCGUGAGGCAGCCGUAACUGAAUUCGAAAAGAUUUUCAGGUCCAAGACUGGCAAUGAUUGGGCUACAAGAAACACUGCCUUUGAGUCUAAGCCUGGAAAAUUCAACAUGAUCCAGACUUCACCUUAUAAAAAGGGUAUUGUAUUGACAGAGCUGGAUAUACCUAUAGCUCCUAUUCCUAGUCAAUUGAGUACUGGUGUUCAGGAUUGUCUCCGACUUUGUUUGGAUUUCAAACAUUUGAAAUCCGCUCAAGAAGACAGCAAGAUCGAUCUUCCACUCGGCCAGCUGUCUCAAGAAACUCUUGAAAAGGCAUACUACAUUUUGAAAGAGAUUGAUGGCAUUUUGGUUGAGCUUGACGUUGGAAAUGUAGCCUUUGUCGGCGUACACAAUGUGGCAAGAAUGAAAGUACUUCACCAUAAAUUGAGUCUGCUCUCAAAUGAAUAUUAUCUAUUGGUUCCCAACAAAAGUCACUCUACAAGAGGAAUUGUCCCCCUCAGCAACAGACCGUCCUUGAAUGCAGAAAAGAGCCGACUUGACAACCUUCGCUACUUCAAUUAUACAGCAAAUGUGCUUUUGGCCGCCCAGCAUCGAUCGGAUCAAUUACAUCCGCUCGACUAUGUAUACAAAUCUUUAAAUUGUCAUAUGCAAGAAAUAACACCUGAAAAUGGUCACCGAGCUACAUACGACAUGGUGUCCAAAUAUAUGCAAGAUACUGGAGCAGGACCUAAUGGUGAAAACUAUGACCUUCUACAUCUGUUCCAAUUGGAGAGGGAGAGUGAAGCUGUCCAACAUCAACCGUUUGCUGCUGUCGACAAUAGGAUGUUGCUUUGGCAUGGCUCCAAAAUUAGCAAUAUGAUUGGUAUUCUCAAGCAAGGUUUACGAAUUAAGCCGGCCCAGGCUUAUGAAUCGGGAUCAAUGUUUGGAUCUGGGCUUUAUUUCGCGGAUACCUUUUUAAAGUCUUCUGGAUACUGCAACGAUUACACCAGCGUGGACGCACAACCAUACAGUCUAUUAAUAUUAUGUGAGGUUGCUCUUGGCAAAACACUUGAUCUGUGGGAAACAAAGUUCAUGGAACACAGCGAAGAAGGCUAUCUUUCAACCAAAGGACUGGGAAAGUAUGGACCAGAUCCCACUUAUCAUAAAUAUGACAAAAACGGGGUAAGCAUAACGUAGUUCUCUUCGCUUAAGCUGGAAUUUUCCCCCUUACUUAUCAAUGUCUUUUCUCCCAGGUUAUUGUUCCUCAAGGCCCAUAUAAAGAGCAAGUGAAACCCACGGGAAACAGUGCAACCAAUAUGUUUUCCUACGGUUAUCUACAUAACAAUGAGUAUAUUGUGUACGACCCAGCUCAAGUUCGCAUGAAAUACCUGGUGGUAGUUCAGAACAAGCGGUAUUGUCCGGUGUGUACUAAGCAAACAGAAAACGGAUCCUUGAAGCGAAUGCAGGAUUUCAACUUCUGCGAAAAAGAUUACAAGCAUAACAUGAAGCGAUGCAAUGAA